AUGAGAUUUGCCACGGUGGUCUUGCUCCAGCUUCUUGCGGCCCUCGCAGCUGCCAUGAAGGUGCCUGCCAAAAACUUUGUUGAAAGAGACUAUUUCGUGGUGGAAAUCGACACCUCCAACUCCACGGCGCCUUUGCAUUCGUUUAUCACCAACUACAACGAUUCAUACCGCUUUGAGCAUCCCGUCAGAGGUUUGGACGACCAUUUUGUGUUCAGUGUGGAGAAAGCCCACCCGCAUGCUUCCUUUUUAGGAAAUCUAAACUCUAACGAUUACAACCACAUCAAGAGAGCUGACGGCUUUGAGGAGGCCCAUGACGCGUUGGUUUCUCAUCCAGGCUUGCGCCUGAUACAUAUGUUGCCACCAAAAAAGCUUGAGCGCCGAAUGCCGGUGCCUAUGGACGAUUUGCCCAUCAUUGGCGAAUCUGUGGAGAAAAGGGAGUUCACCGCAGUGGAUUCGUCCCAGUUGCCACUCAAGGAAGUGGCAGAUAAAUUAGAUAUCAACGACCCCAUUUUUGGUCAGCAGUGGCAUUUGGUGAACACCAUUAAUCCUGGAAAUGACGUUAAUGUCAAGAAUGUGUGGUACAACGGUAACAUGGGCCAGGGAAUCACAGUGGCCGUGGUGGACGACGGUCUCGAUGUCGACCUGGAAGACUUGUAUGAUAAUUUUAAUCCUAAGGGUUCGUGGGAUUUUAACGACAAUAACAACUUGCCAAAACCCAGAUUAUUCGACGAUUACCACGGCACCCGGUGUGCUGGCGAGAUUGCCGCCGUCAAAAAUGACGUCUGUGGAGUAGGUGUAGCCUACAAGGCCAAAGUGGCUGGUAUCCGUAUUUUAUCCGGUCCUAUCACCUCUGAAGAUGAGGCUUCUGCUAUGAUGUAUGGUUUGGAUGCCAACGACAUCUUCUCAUGUUCGUGGGGUCCUACCGACAACGGAAUGACUGUGGCCGGUCCCGAUUUGCUUGUUAAGAAGGCCAUCAUCAAAGGUAUUCAGGAUGGCAGAAACAAUAAGGGCGCAUUGUACGUGUUUGCCAGUGGAAAUGGUGGCAGAGUUGGAGAUCAGUGUAACUUUGACGGCUACACUAACUCCAUUUACUCUAUUACUGUCGGUGCUAUCGACUAUAAGGGGUUGCAUCCAUCAUAUGCGGAGGCAUGUUCUGCUGUGAUGGUAGUGACUUACAGUUCCGGCUCUCUGGAACACAUUCACACGACUGAUAUCAAGAAGAAGUGCUCUGCCACACACGGAGGCACGUCCGCUGCCGCACCUUUAGCUGCCGGGAUCUAUGCCCUUGCCUUGCUGGCGAACCCCGACCUCACCUGGCGUGAUUUGCAGUAUGUCAGUGCUAUGGCUGCUGUUCCUGUCAAUGAGGACGACGGAGAUUAUCAAGAAGGAGCUUUGGGCCAAAAAUACUCGCAUAAGUACGGAUACGGUAAGCUUGAUGCUGAAAAGCUCGUAGAAGCUGCAAAGAAUUGGAAGAAUGUCAAGCCACAGUCUUGGCUCUACUCAGACGUUGCCAACGUGGACCAGGAAGUCACAGGUCCUGCUACCAAGGAGUCAGAGGUAAUUACAAGCACGAUCACGAUCAGCAAGGAAGAUUUGGAAGUGAUGAAUCUUGAGAGAAUCGAACAUGUCAACGUUAAAGUGAAUAUUGACUCUCUGUUUAGAGGUAAAAUCGGUGUGAGAUUAGUGUCACCAACGGGAAUCAUAUCGCAUUUGGCUAGAUUUAGACCAAUGGACAGCGCCGGUUCUGGACUUAGAGAUUGGGUGUUCAUGUCGGUUGCUCACUUUGGUGAAGCCGGCGUGGGUGACUGGAAACUUGAAGUAUUCAGUGACAAGGGCAACACCAUCAAGUUCAAGAACUGGCAAAUCCGUCUUUACGGUGAGAGUAUUGAUGCAGAAAAGGCAGAGAAAUACGAUGUGGAGAAGGACUAUGCUGUGGUGAGAAGAGAAAGACUCGAUAAACUUGGUCUGCCGAAGGACACAGAAACAAUUCAAUCAAGUGUUGCCCCAGGGACGGAUACAUCGGAAUCGGAAACACUUGCUACAGAAACUUUCGCCUCCGAGAGCAACGCUCCGGAAUCAGAAACUCAUGUCGAUACGACUACCGAGCCUAUCACAGCCACCGCUAGACCAAGUAUUGAGAGCACUACAAACACUGGAACAACUACAAGCACAGCUUCGGCAUUACCUUCUGGAACAAACGAAGAAGAAGAGGACAACCAUGAAGGUGCCAACAAACAGUACACCUCAACUCACGCAGGACAAUACUUCAUGGCAUUGGCAGUGGUUGGAUUCAUUGCCGUAAUUGUUGUGAUGAAGUGGCACAAGACACCAGGCAGCUCGCGCCGCAGAAGAAGAGACGAUUUCGAAUUUGAUAUCAUUCCUGGCGAGGAUUACAGUGACACUGACGAGGACGGAGAUUCGCUUGACCUCCGCUCACGCGACCCGGAAGAUUUGGACCGUGAACGUCUUUUCGAUGACUUUAAUGCCGAGUCGUUACCAGACUAUGAGGAUGACAUGUUCCAGAUCGGCGAUGAGGAAGAUCAUGACAAAACUGUGAGCAAAACUACUGAAAGUCGGGAACAACAAUCUGACAUGACCAAUAUUGACAAUCAUAGUCCAGAGAUUGAAACGGGGGGCUCAAUUGAGCCAGGAGAGUCUGAAGACACCACCAACAGACAUCAGUAG